AUGCUAUCGGGAAAAGAGCGUACAAUUCGAAUAAAACCUCUUGAAUGUUUUUUUACUCAUUCGCACUCAUCAUGGAAUGGGGAAAUAUUUGAAACAAGAAAUGCAACAUCAUUUGCAGUGAAUUCAACAUCCUUAACAUUAUGUGUUGCAGUCAAAAAUCGUCUUCUACUUUAUGAAAUACAUUCGAAUCCUAGACCAUAUCCAUAUACACUUAUAUACCAGUUAAAUACACCUGAAACUGUAACAUAUUUAGAAAUAUCAGUAUUAAAAAUAAAUAACAGUGAAGAAAAAAUACUCUGGUAUGGUUAUUCAUCAACAUUUAUGGCACAACAAAUUGAUCAAAAAUGUCCCAGCUCUGUUUUAUUAAGCGAUAAUGAUUCAACAUUACAAGUUCUUCGUAAACUACCUAUUGACAUAUUACGUGUUAUACCUGUGACAAAUUCAUCAUCAAUGAAUGAACUUUUACUUGUCUAUAGUAAACUAGGUAUUUAUAUAAAUUAUUUAACAGGAAUGCGAACACGUCAUAAAGAAUUAAUGUGGACAGCAUCACCAAUCUCGACAUCCUUUUCCGAUCCGCAUUUACUUGUCUAUACAAAAAUAUCUAUUGAUAUUUAUGAUGUAUCAUUAGGAAUAUGGUUACAAUCAUUCCCGUUAUCAAAUACAUAUCCAUUAACAUCAGAUGGAACUAUUUCUCUUUCUCAUGAUCCAGAACUUGUUGAAAAUCAUCCAAUAUUAAUUUAUAUAAUACAACAAAAUCAGCUAAAACAAACUCUAAAUAUAUCAGAAAAAUCUUCGAGUCCUUUGAUAUCUGGACCAACAGAUUUUGUACAUCUUGAGCAUCUAGAAAAAGACGAAGCUUUAAAAAUAUUAUUCCGUUCAACAUACAAUAAACAAAAUGAUAGAAGUACAUCGACGAUGAUGCCACAUUUAUUUAAUUCACCGGAUGAUAAUGGAUCGUUGACUACCAUAACUUCAUAUAAACCAAGAUCACAUACAUCUGUACCACUCAAUUACUCUCUUGUCCGUUCACCAGAUUUAUUAAAAGUAAGUGUAAACAUAAAUAAAAUACAUGCGGCUACGGAAGACAUUUGGAAUCGAUUAUGA